AUGGCGUCCUCUUCGUAUGCGCCAGUGCCUACGACAGCCGAUGACGAGUCCGCCGCUUCCAGAGGGCCACCGGCCGCGCACAUGGCCACGACAACGGUGAAGGUGGACGGGAUGACAUGUGGAGCAUGUACCUCGUCAGUGGAGAGUGCGUUCAAAGAUGUCCCCGGUGCAGGGAACGUAUCUGUCAGUUUGGUGAUGGGCAGGGCGGUGGUCCAUCAUGACCCGUCGCAGCUACCGGCGGAUAAAGUAGCUGAGCUGAUCGAGGAUCGGGGCUUCGAUGCGCAAGUUCUAUCCACCGACCUUCCAGAUACCCAGGCAGACGAGAUCGAGGACGACGGUCCGGAGAUGGUGACAACUACUUUGGCAGUGGAAGGAAUGACCUGCGGUGCUUGUACCUCAGCGGUCGAGGGAGGAUUAAAAGAGGAGGCCGGCGUGCGAUCGAUAAGUGUAUCUCUUCUGUCAGAGCGUGCGGUCGUGGAACAUGACCCGUCCGUGAUCACGCCGGAGAAGAUUGCAGAAGUAAUUGAGGAUCGUGGAUUUGGCGCUACAGUGCUGGACACCAAACCGUCAGAGGCGCGGUCUUCGAAGACAAAGGGACCGGCUGAGGAGAAGCCCAAGUUCUUGACGACGACGGUCUCUAUUGACGGAAUGACCUGCGGUGCAUGCGCCUCGAGCGUCCAGAGAGCUUUUGACGGCGUCGAUGGUCUCCUGCAGUUCAACAUCAGUCUGCUGGCAGAGCGCGCAGUCAUCGCCCAUGAUCCUCUAAAGCUGUCUGCGGAGAAGAUUGUCGAGCUGGUCGAUGAUGCUGGCUUUGAUGCGCGCAUAGUGUCUUCCGAACCGCAUACAUCCGGGUCUUCCAAAACGUCCAAGUCAGUAAACCUUAGCCUCUAUGGUCUUACAGAUGCUGCUGCGGCAACCUCUCUGGAAGAAACAGUCCGCCAGAAACCCGGCAUCAUCUCAAUAUCUAUAUCCGUGGCUACAUCACGGGCCUCUGUCAGCUACAACUCGUCCAUCAUCGGUAUCCGCUCCAUCGUGGAGACUAUCGAGGCCGCUGGCUUUAAUGCUCUGGUGUCCGAUUCAGAUGAUAAUAAUGCGCAGUUGGAGUCCUUGUCAAAGACAAAGGAGAUUCAGGAGUGGAGACGGGCGUUCCUGUUCUCCCUCUCUUUUGCUAUUCCGGUCUUCCUUCUGGGCAUGAUCGUCCCUAUGUAUCUGAAGCCGCUGGACUUUGGCAAGUUCCAGAUAUUGCCUGGUCUCUACCUGGGGGAUCUCAUCUGUCUGGUCCUUACGAUCCCAGUACAAUUUGGUAUUGGUAUGCGCUUCUACGUUGCCAGUUUCAAGUCUCUGAAACACCGUUCUCCCACGAUGGACGUCCUGGUCAUGUUGGGCACAUCGUCUGCCUUCUUCUUCAGUGUCUUCACCAUGUUCAUGGCUAUCUGGUACCCGCCGCACACACGACCGCAUACCGUCUUCGACACAAGCACCAUGCUCAUUACUUUCAUCACUCUUGGUCGCUGGUUGGAGAACAGAGCAAAGGGUCAGACGUCUAAAGCCCUAUCACGUUUGAUGUCUCUGACUCCCUCGAUGGCGACGAUCUACGAAGAUCCGAUCGCUGCCGAGAAAGCCGCAGAGGAGUGGGAAACCUCAGCGAAGUCGCCGCAGGAGAAGACUGACGAGGCCACCCCUGCUCACACACGAAACGCGGGUUUGAAAACAAUCCCAACCGAGUUGAUUGAGGUCGGUGACGUUGUCGUUUUGCGACCUGGUGACAAGGUAUCGGCCGAUGGUAUUAUCAUCCGCGGAGAGAGCUAUGUUGACGAGAGCAUGAUCACUGGAGAGGCCAUUCCGAUCCACAAGAAGAAAGGCAGUCUCGUCAUCGCUGGUACUGUCAACACGGCUGGCUCGAUGGAUUUCAAGGUCACCAGAGCCGGUCGAGACACUCAACUUAGCCAGAUCGUCAACCUCGUGCAAGAAGCCCAAACGAGUCGAGCGCCUAUCCAGCGUAUGGCUGAUGUCGUCGCCGGUUAUUUCGUCCCCACCAUUAUUUCCCUUGGAUUGAUCACUUUCAUCGGCUGGAUGAUUCUCAGUCACAUCCUCCCCAAUCCGCCAAAGAUCUUCAAUGCGGCAGGUAACGGAGGGAAGGUCAUGGUAUGCCUGAAGCUCUGUAUUUCCGUCAUUGUCUUUGCCUGUCCUUGUGCCCUUGGCCUUAGCACUCCCACAGCGGUCAUGGUUGGCACGGGAGUGGGCGCCGAGAAUGGUAUCCUCGUGAAGGGAGGCGCUGCCUUGGAAGCCGCAACAAAGAUCAACCAUGUCGUGUUUGACAAGACAGGAACCUUGACCGUAGGAAAAAUGAGCGUCGCUGAGACGAGAAUGGAACGCAUUUGGUCAUCCAACGACUGGCGCCGGCGUCUAUGGUGGCUGAUUGUUGGUCUCGCGGAGAUGGGAAGUGAACACCCGGUGGGAAGAGCUAUCGUCGAAGCUGCUAAGGUGGAGACUGGAGGCUCUAGCGAAGAGACGCUGGAUGGCAGUGUGGGCGAUUUCGAAGCUACUAUCGGCAAGGGAAUCUCUGCCGUCGUGGAGCCCAACUCUGGUGUUGAACGCACGCGGUACCGCGUCCUGCUGGGAAAUGCGUCCUUCCUCCGGGACCAGGAUGUGCAGGUCCCUGAAGCCGUUGACCCCGACUCUCAGCCUCCUGACGAGUCUGCCUCUGCGUUUUCUGUGCCGUCAAAGCCAAAUGACUUCGCCGGGCUGACCCUUAUUCAUGUGGCCGUCGACGGUCAGUACGCGGGCACCAUCUCGCUCCGCGACUCGCUCAAGCCAUCCGCUGUUGCUGCAGUUGCCGCAAUUCAUCGUAUGGGCUUCAAGACCUCACUCAUCACAGGCGACACAUACUCCACGGCUCUGUCCGUUGCGAAGGCAGUGGGCAUCCCACCUGUGUCAAUCCGCGCUUCCGUGUCUCCCUCCCAAAAGCAGACCAUCGUUGCCGAGCUUCAGGCCGGCGGAGAUCGUGUCGCAAUGGUUGGAGAUGGUGUCAACGACUCGCCAGCCCUGGCUACCGCGUCUGUGGGAAUUGCGCUCGCAUCGGGUACCGACGUCGCCAUGGAAGCAGCCGACAUUGUGCUCAUGCGACCGGAUGACCUGCUGUCUGUUCCCGCCAGCUUCUCCUUGGCCCGCUCGAUCUUCAACCGCAUCAGACUCAACCUCAUGUGGGCCUGUGUCUACAACAUCAUCGGUCUACCGUUCGCCAUGGGUCUUUUCCUCCCAUUCGGAGGCAUCACUCUACAUCCCAUGGCCGCUGGCGCCGCGAUGGCUGCAUCGAGUGUCUCCGUCGUCGUCAGCAGUCUGCUCCUCAAAUUCUGGAGCCGCCCACGCUGGAUGAGCGUCGAGAGGCUGGAAAAGGAAGUACAGACGGGCAAGAUCAGAUCUCACCUGUCUCGAGACCUGCGCUGGACCGAAGUCUUAGCAGCCUCCGUCCCAAGAUCUCCUCGUGGUGCGCUCGAUCAAUUCAAAGCUCUUGCUUCUGCCGCGAUUGGCAUUAUUACCGGCAAGGGAUCAACAGGAGCCAGAGGCGACGAAGGUUACAUUCCACUGCAAACGGUCGAACCAGUCUAA